AUGAUUCCACUUCACACGAGUGUCGAUCUCCCAAUCACAACCAUAGAAAAUCCUCUACCGAAGCUUCUCCAAACGCCAUCUGGAUUGGCCCUGUUAGAGCUUCAAGGGACGAUCAAUCUCCCAGAACCAGACCUCGAGGAUGAUGAUACAUCCAAUAUUCCAGAUUCCUCAGCACAGAGCCUUCAGACACCAAUUGGUCGCCUCAUUUUUCCCGAAUAUGAUCCCGGAAAUCCAGAUAGCACCAAGUGGAUGAAGCGCGUUUACCUUUACGUGGGCAAGCAUCAAAGACUUACAGGAGAGGUCAAGAAACUCCCAAGGGCUUUCGCUGUUAUUAGGAAGAAGGAGACUGGGUUAGCGUCUCGAACAAAUGGCGACAGUUCGAUGCAAGGUGUCGAGUCCGAGGCUGGAGACGAGCUGGAAAUUGUCGAAAUUGUGAAGUGGAAAAUUUUGUUCUCUACAAGACCCGAGCCAGUGGGAGCUGUGGUUACCGGCACCACUUGA